CAGGCAGCUUCCACCUUGCCUUCCUUCCACCCAUACCAACAGAUACACCACCCAGUAUGCCCCGUGUACCGUACUCAUACCCUGCUCCUGGAGCAUCUUCCAUCGCAGAUGCUAUCCGCCAACGACGUGGAGAGCGAGGACUGACGCCCCUCGAUGGCAUGCUCCUCAACGCCCAGCCCAUUGCCGAGGGAUGGAACAAGCUCCUCGGCGCUGUCAGGACCGGCUCGUCGCUUCAAGACGAUCUCAGAGAGAUCAUGAUUCUUCGAGUCGCUGCCCGCAACCGCGCUGCCUUCGAGUGGAUCCAUCAUGAGCCCGUAGCGCGCAAGGCUGGCGUCACAACCGAGCAGCUCACCCGUAUUGGGGACAUUCAGAGCAAUUCCUUCUCUUCUCCCGGUUCAGGCCAGCUCUCCCCCUUGCAAGCAGCCGCAGCUGCAUACGCCGAUGCCAUGACCGCCCACGUCAAGGUGCAGGACGGCGUCUUUGAUACGCUCAAGCACGAGCUUGCCAAGGCGGCUGGUGGGGACGAGAAGACCAAUCAGCUCAUGGUCGAGGCGACGGGUACUGUCGCCGUGUACAACAUGGUCUCGCGCUUCCUAGUCGCUCUGGACAUCGACGACCGAGCCAACCAAGAAGUUCCCGUGCCAGGUCUGCCUUCAGACAACGGUGCAGGAGUUCCCACCUUCCCAGAGUCCAACUACGGAGCCGGUCGAGGUCUAGUGCAAGUCUUCGGAGGACAGACGAUUGCUACUCGGGUGCACUUCCACUCCAUGACUGCGCCAUGGGUCAUCCUGAUCAACUCGCUCAUGACCAACCUCACAAUGUGGGACGAUGUUGUCGCCGGGCUUAGCGACGCCGGGUACAACGUCGUCUGCUACGAUCAGAGAGGCCAUGGCGCCUCGCCCGCUCCCUCAGAGCCAUGCACAGUCGAGCAACUAGCCGAUGAUGCAGCUGACGUUCUGACUGCCUUGGGUGUGGACAAGGCUCGCGCCGUCAUCGGUGUCUCGCAGGGAGGAGCCACUGCCCUCUCCUUUGCCAUCCGUCAUCCAGACCGCGCCGAGAAGAUUAUUGCAAACGACACACAGCCCGCCUCUCCUGCUGCCAACGCCCAAGCAUGGGAAGACCGGAUCGCCCUCGCCAAGAAGGAGGGCAUGAAGCCCCUCGCAGACGCUACCGUCGCACGGUGGUACGGCUCGGACAUUCCGGCGGGCAGCGAGGCCAUCAAGGCCAAAGCCUCCCGUCUGAUCGAAGGGACGGACGUCUUCGGCUUCGAGCAAGGCGCACGGGCUCUGCAGAAUUAUGAUCUGCUCUCUACUGGACUCCUCAAAGCCCUCGCUGCCAAGCCUACCCUCCUCGUUGCGGGAGAGGCAGAUGGAGCUUUGCCCAAGGUACUUGAGGGAUUGAGCCAGGAUGUGAAAAAGGAGGGAGGCAGCGCUGAAGUGACCUUUGCUAGCGUGAGCAAGGCGGCUCAUCUGCCCAUGAUGGACAACCCGCAGGGCUGGUUGGAGGUCGUUCUGCCUUUCUUGAAGAGGUGAUAAAGGGAUGCUGGAAAUCUACACUUCAAUGGCAUCAGGUGACAAUGACGAUACUCAUUCACCAAUCAGAAUGAAGUGUGACAAAAGAGUGACAAAGGACCGCUAUGAGAAAGGAGCAGGUAUGAAGGGAGCGACAUGGUAUGAUGCACACAUCUAAGGGAAAAUAAUAGAGACCGUCUAUCGCACCGCUAGGCUGGUGCUUGCGCUCUACUCCGCCUCCUUACAAAUCUCCCCCUAGUCCCGCCCUCACAAGCAAAAGAGCUUACUCGACUUCUUCC